CGCUCCUGCUCAACGCCGUCACCAUACCGACACACACACACAUCCUCAAGGUGAGCAUCAUCGGUUUUCCAAGCAGCAUUCAGUACACCGCAGCGAGUCGGUGGUUGCUAUGUGGGGAGAGUUGGACCUCGCAGGCGGGCAAUUCAGCUGGAUGUGGGACGUGCAGGCCAGAGGGCCCAAUCAGUGUACCGCAAAGCGUUCAUGGAAGAUGUUGAAACGUCGUUGAGCCAGCGAUUCGAGGCUGUAAUGGAGCAUCACUCGGAAGCGUCAAUCAUCCCUUGCUUGCAGCAUGCACACGGAAUGCUGACCAAAGGCCCUCACCUCGCAAUUGUUCGUUACGCAGAUAUAAGACAAGAUGACGAAGGGUACCACCUCGUUUGGUAAGCGCCACACCAAGACGCACACUCUGUGCCGUCGUUGCAAUCGCCGCGCAUUCCACAAGCAGCACAAGACCUGCGCAUCAUGCGGCUACCCUGCUGCCAAGAUUCGUUCUUACGAGUGGGGACAGAAGGCUAAGCGCAGAAAGACCACCGGAACUGGCCGCAUGCGCUACCUGUCCACCGUUCCUCGUCGCGCAAAGAACGGAUUCCAGACUGGUGUGGCCAAGAGGCAAAAGAAGCCCUCUGCUGCUGCCGCCUCCGCUUGAGGUCGCGUCACCAAAAGCAACGAAAGAUCGGUCGGUUCGAACGUAUACGCUACAUGCCAUUCACCAACCCCCCAUGCAUCUGCGACGUGACUAGAUCACACGAAUGUGUGAUUCUGCAAUACAAAACACCCCAAAUCUCCCUCACUUUCGGCAAGUGGUGCGAGAUUCACGUCGUUCGAGUAUUGUGCUCGAGCAAGGAAUCUUUGAACUACAGCUCUGUACUCUUCACCAUCUCUGUUGUCUUUGUGGCAAAUCGAUCAUGCGCUCAGCUACAUGCCGGCUAGACGGUAGCGCGCGAUGCCGAUGCCACGCUGACUUGCUAGCCAGAUUCGUGCUGACCGUCUACCACAUUCUGGACGCCUGCAAGGCCUCGCACCAUCGA